AUGGCUGACCAACCUGUACCCGAGGACCAAAAGGUCGACAAGGUGUAUGCCACAAUCUUCCACCCCGUGUUUGCGCAAAAGGCUGAAAACCUGCGGCCAACCCUUCACACAUUGGACGUCAAGCCCAAAGAGGUCAUCACCUUCGGACCAGGUGAGGCAGCCUAUUCCAGGCUUCACCCAUGCCGGUCGUGGAUCAGCACCCGCUGGCUCCCCGACGAGGUCAUCAAUGUCGAUUGGGUGCCGACAGAUGUGGCGAUACCGCGGCGCCACGCCUUCCGCCCCCUGCGUGUGCAAACAUUCGACACCUCGCCCAAGUGCAAGAUGAAGUUCAGCGGGAUCGUGACACGAUCAGAAAGCGCUGUACCGCCGGACCAUCCCGUGGAGCCGUGCCCCGUCCCUGAGACCAACGAUGACGGUGCUAAGCUCCUGAGGCGCAUCAACGCGGUGAGCCAGAACACGUUGCGCAGCUGCAUGCAGACAGUCUUCGAGGACGGGCCCCGGCGAGACGGACGGCUUUGGAGCGGGGAUCUUUGGUUGCAGGCGCUCACAAACUACGUUUGGGGACGGCGACCUCGUCAAGCGGUGCCGGCAGUGCUCCGUGAGGAUGGGUUGCUGCCAGCGUAUGUGUCCGAGAAACCGAGGCUAUCCUACAGACUACAUUCGUCGACUACGACGUACUCUUUGGGUCAAUUGUUGAUGAUUAUUGCGAGGCAACGCGAGAUCACGACACGGGACGCGAGCUGUGGCAGACGGUUCUCAGCAGCACAAAGGCGGCACUGGCAUAUAUCGGGGAAGAGGGUAUUUUCUCGCGUGGAGCUUGGAGCGGGUGGAAGUUCCUCGACUGGGCCAAGGAGCUCGACCGCGAUGCCGGCAUGUAUGGUCUCGUUAUCCUGGGCAUCGCAGGCUUGGAUGGCACUUGAUGGGGUCAUGGGCCCAGCGACGUGCAAAGCAGCGAUUUUGAAAGCCAUGGCAGACCCGAAAGCAGUCAGGCCGAUGACGAUGUACCUGUACCACCACGUCGCCGAGGCGCUGAGCGUGGUGGGUGGCGGCAAAAUGUCUUGA